AUGAAGAGGAAUAUUCAUAGCUACAAGAUAGCUUUUAUUAACAGGAAGUUCAAGAGUUCUGAAAGGAAGCCACCAUCAGAAGUUAUCGAUACAUUCAGUUUCUGCACCAACGGGGAGGUCGAAAUGUUGCCGGUGCAUUUUCGAAGGUUCUUGAUCGAGUUUCAGGGAGAAGAAGGGAUUACAGUUGAUGAUGCAAAACAUAUAAUGGAGCAAGUGUUGCAUCAUUUUAGACCAGGCUUUAGUGGCUGUUUUUUUAGUGUGGAUGAUUUCUUCGAAUACUUGUUUCUUGAUGAUCUCAAUGGCCCCAUCAUAUCUCAGGUUCACCAUGAUAUGACUGCCCCAUUGCAGAAUUAUUUCAUAUAUACAGGCCACAACUCAUACCUUACUGGAAAUCAGCUAAAUAGUGAUUGCAGCGAAAUUCCAAUCAUAAAGGCUCUUCACAGAGGUGUGAAGGUAAUUGAGCUAGAUUUAUGGCCAAGUGGAAAAAACGGAAUACAUGUUCUUCAUGGGUGGACUAUGACAACGCCAGUAAUGCUUGACAAAUGUUUGAAGUCCAUUAAAGAGCACGCUUUUGUGAAGUCUCCUUAUCCAGUAAUCAUCACUUUGGAGGAUCAUCUUACACCGAAACUUCAAGCUAAAGUUGCAGUGAUGGUCACGGAGAUCUUUGGAGAUUUGCUUUACAUUCCAAAAACUGGAGAUAAAGAGGAUCUCCCUUCACCCGAUUCGUUAAAGAAUCGUAUCAUUCUUUCAACAAAACCACCAAAAGAAUAUCUUCACUCUAAGCUUGAAGGAGAGUUGUUCACUGGGGAAGAGACAAAAUCCAAUUAUAAAAAUAGAAAACCAACUGAUGGAAGGGUUAAUAGUAAUCAUGCUGAUACAAUGUCCACCAUAAAUCAAAAAUUUUCCCAAGUUCUUCGCGUUGAUGACUUUGAAGAUGAAUAUGAAGACGUUGAAAAUGAGAAAUGUGAACAGAAAGCACCUCCUGAAUACAUUCAACUCAUAGGGAUUCAUGCUGCUAAAGCGAAGAAGGGAUUAAGAAGGACGUUGACGGUUGAAUCAGGAAAAGGUAAACGUCUUAGUUUGAGUGAACAAACUCUUGAAAGAGCGGCAUCUCUUUAUGGAACUGAUUUAGUCAGGUUUACUCAAAACAAUAUUGUUAGAGUUUUCCCAAAGGGGACCCGGGUCACCUCUACCAACUUUAGACCGCUCACAGCAUGGAUGCACGGUGCCCAGAUGGUCGCGUCCAACAUGCAGGGGUAUGGAAGAUCACUUUGGAUGACACAUGGUAUGUUUCGAUCCAAUGGAGGGUGUGGUUAUGUUAAGAAGCCUGAGUUUCUUAUGAGCAGGGAGGUCUUUGAUCCAAAAAUAACAUUAGAUGUAAAGAAAACUUUGAAGGUGAAAGUAUAUAUGGGUGACGGUUGGCGUACAGACUUCAGCAAGACUCAUUUUGAUUUAUUCUCACCACCAGAUUUCUACACAAAGUUGUAUAUGGUUGGAGUCCCAGCGGAUGUUAUUAAGAAGAAAACUAAAGUAAUAAAAGAUGAAUGGAUACCCAUAUGGAAUGAAGAAUUUACUUUCGCGUUGACAGUCCCGGAGCUGGCUUUGUUGAAGAUCGUUGUACGAGAGCAUGAUGUAUCAGACAAAGAUGACUUUGGUGGUCAAACGUGUUUGCCUGUGUCUGAUUUGAGAACUGGGAUUCGAGCUGUUCCACUCCAUGACAAGAAAGGAGAGAAAUUUAAGUCUGUGAAGCUUCUUUUGCGAUUUGAUUUUAAAUGAACUAAUACGAUUAGCUACAUUGGUAAGACCACACUUUUGUUAGGGAGAAGUCUAAUGAAUUGAAGUGAACAACAGAAAAGAAAUAGAGAGAAAUUUCUUAGUUUUUGUUUUGUUUGGUACGAGUAACUUCAAAUAAAUUAACAUGAGAAAUGAGU